AUGUCAUUUAAUUGCAGUCGAAGGUCAGUGGUUCAUUCCACGAAAGGCAUUGUAGCAUGCUCUCAACCGCUGGCGGCUUCAGCUGGUAUCAAGAUUCUAGAAUUGGGAGGCAACUCAAUUGAUGCAUCAAUUGCUGUCGCGGCCUGUUUAUGUGUUUUGGAACCAGCGUCAACAGGUGUAGGUGGAGACUGUUUCCUGUUGCACUAUGAUGGUGAGACCCACAAAAUUAGUGGUAUGAACGGCACAGGUAGGUCUCCUUCUGCUUUAAGCAUUGAAUUCCUAAGAAAGCAACUAGGGAAUGAGGAGGAUUUGCCACUUAGAUUGUCAGCCAAUUCCGUUCACAGUGUUACAGUUCCCGGGGGAGUAGCUGGAUGGAUAGAUGCAUUCGAAACGUUGGGCUCAGGUAAGGUAACACUUGCUCAAGUGCUAGACGCAGCCAUAUCACUUUGCGAAGAUGGGCAUCCUAUAAGUGAGAUAUCGGCUUCACUUUCCCAACAGUGUUGGAAGAGACUUCAAAAACAGAACUCAAAACAGGUUGAUUUGUUACAGUGCUUUGCAUCAGUUGAAGACAGCCAAGUUGCACCAAAAGAGGGAGAUCUUGUUGUUAAUAGACCGCUGGGAUCAGUUUUCAGGCUUCUUGCCGAGAAAGGAAAGAAAGGAUUUUAUGAAGGCGAAGUUGCAAGGGCCAUAGUGGACGAGGUUCAAUCUAGAGGGGGCGCUCUCUCCCUUGAUGAUUUAGCUCAGCACCAGACUACUUUUGUUGAGCCAAUUAACUUGGAAUUCUUGGGACACAAGAUGUGGGAAAUUCCUCCAAACAGUCAAGGAUUAGUCGUAUUAAUCGCUCUCGGUAUUAUCAGAGAGUUGGAUGAAGAUGGGAAGAUUUGUCUGCGUGAUCUUAAACAGAACUCCACGGAGUAUCUGCAUUUAUUAAUCGAAUGUCUGAAAAUUGCAUUUUAUGAUGCCGAUGAAUAUGUAUCCGAUCCACAAUAUCAACAAGCAGACAUCUUACCGCGUUUACUCUCCAAAUCUUAUUUGAAGUCAAGGGCGCGGUUCUUCAGAAAGGAUGGUAUAAUUGACUCGAGUAAAAUGAAGCAUGGUGUACCAGAUGCAACCUUAAAUCAAGCAGAUACUGUUUAUUUUACUGUCAGCGAUCCUCAAGGCAAUGCAACUUCAUUCAUAAAUUCGGUGUAUAUGGGGUUUGGAUCUGCCAUAAUACCUGCAAAAUUUGGGGGAUUUUGUUUACAGAACAGAGGAGCUAAUUUCAAUUUAACGCCAGGAUCGAAGAACUCUCUGGAACCCAAUAAGAGGCCUUAUCACACUAUAAUUCCGGCGAUGAUAACUGACGCAGUAAGCGGGGAACUAGUUUACAGUUUGGGAAACAUGGGCGGGUUCAUGCAACCCACUGGCCAUCUGCAACAUUUCCUGAACCUUAUAUUAUUCAAGUUAUCCCCUCAAGAAUCUUUAGAUGCCCCGCGUAUAUGUCUAUCACCACAUCCAAAGUACGCCGAUAAGGAUAGAGGGUUGGGCUCUGAUGGCCCUGUUUCAACACCUGUCACUUUGGUUUCAAUAGAGGAAGACAUGCCAUCUGAUGUUAUUGAGGGAUUGCGAGCACUUGGCCAUGACGUGGAGGUAAUUAGUGGAAGUGGCAGGUCGCUUUUUGGCAGAGGCCAAAUAAUCAAAAAGAGUUCCUCUGAGAAAUCCUCAACUCUUCUCUAUUCGGCUGGUAGUGACAAGAGAGGCGAUGGAUGUGCCAUACCAAUGAUCUAA